GCUCAUAUUUAAGGAGUAUAUAGAAACAAACUUAUUUCCAUCUUCUUGGGAACAAAUCAAAAGUACAACUUCCACAGCAAAACAUUCAAAUUCAUCAAGCAAACAUACAUUCAAGAAUAUCCCCCCAACCUUACUCAAAGCACUUCGAAUUAGGCACUAGAACUCACACCAUAACUACCGUUGACCUCAUAGUCUAUAUUUCCAUUCUUGACAUCCAACCCACGAAGUCUCAAAUCUAAUGAAAAUGCCACCCUCAAAACUCAGUAGUGGCUGGGAUACUGAAGGCGCCCUGACGCGGGAAGAACUAGACCCUACCUUUGCCUUCCCUCAAUUCUACGAGGUAUCUAUGUUCCCCUCACACAAGAAGGCCUCGCGUAAUUACGUGCAACCUGCCGUCGACUCACCGCGUUACAAUUAUAGAUGUGCUAUAGAUGACGUUCCUAGUGCUUAUGAAUAUCACCGCGUACAAAAACAGCAAGAACAGCGGCAACGACCGAAGCCAUCACCGCUUUCUCCAUCGGUCAGUCUUUGUUCGACAUAUGGACGAAAACCCAUGUGUGAAGCACCUCAUUUGGGGGAGGAUUCGCAUCGUUAUGCUCAAGGUUAUCGAGCUGCGAGAGGAGAUUUGGGACCGCCAGUAUGGGCUCAUCACAAAGCACCUAUUUCUAAACCAACGCCUCAGAAGAAAACUAGCAGUGAAGAUGUAGGCUGCUGCUUGGUGAUGUAGGGUGCUGGGAAUGGUGUUAUGAGCAUAGCUCGUUGCUGUAUUUUACUCAGGUUCUUGCUCAAUAGUGUAAUGGGGUGUUGUUAUCACUGGAGUUUCGGAUACUAUUAGACAGCAUAAUAUGCAAUUGUUACUUUAGAGAACUCCGAGCAGUCCAAGGGGGUCGCUUCACUGCUUAUUCAAACGAAUUGGCUUCAUGCCUUCUCAAUACUCUUAUUGCUCUUUUAUCUUUCAAUUGAAAGCUAUUUCAUGAACAGUCAUUUUUUCCAGUCA